GUCACACUGAUGAGGCCUAGAAUAAGCUCGAAAGAAAACUUGGAAAAAUAGAAUAAAAAACGUCAACAACAAAUCGGAAAAAUCAGGCGAAAAAGAGACAGACAUACCGGAUUAUAUGUCAGUUUUAGCUGAUCACGUGAAGCGCUUAUUUGCCACGAAUAGGUUAUAUUCGCAACGAUGAAGAUCCGAACCAGGAGGAGUCUUUCCUUUUCCGGCUGUGGCUUCUUGGGCAUCUACCAUGUGGGCGUGGCCGUCUGCCUACGUCAACACGCCCCCCAACUGUUGCUGGAGAGGAUUGCCGGCGCAUCCGCCGGUGCCUUGGCCGCCUGCUGUCUGAUCUGUGAUCUCCCGCUUGAAUGCAUGGCUGGGGAUUUCCUGCGAGUUGUCCAGGAGAUACAACGGCAUUCGUUGGGCGCCUUCAGUCCGUGGUUUAAUCUGCCAGAGUGCCUCCUCGAGGGCAUGCGAAGCUGGUUGCCUGAGGAUGCCCAUCUGCUGGCCAGCGGACGCCUCCAUAUAUCCCUCACCCGCGUCAGCGAUCGCCGCAAUGUGGUCAUGUCGGAGUUCAGCUCCCGGCAGGAGCUCCUCCAGGCCCUCAUGUGCUCGUGCUUCAUUCCCGGACUGUCUGGACUGGUGCCUCCGCAGGUUCGAGGAGUUCGCUAUAUGGAUGGGGCCUUUUCCGAUAAUCUGCCGCUGCUGGACGAGCACACCGUCACCGUGAGUCCAUUUUGCGGGGAGAGCGACAUAUGCCCCCGGGAUCAGAACCCCCAUCUGCUCCAGCUGAACAUCAAUUGGGCGAACACUUGCAUUCGCUUGUCCCGAAGGAAUCUGCGUCGCAUGGUGGGAAUCUUGGUGCCGGGCAGAGCGGACUUCAUGGCCAAUUUCUGUCAGCAGGGCUACGAUGAUGCGCUCCAAUUCCUGCGCAGGAAUAGCUUUCUCAAGGAGGGCUUCAGGGUCCAGGAGAAGGGCAUGAUCAGUUGGAUCCACGAGCAGAUGGAGAGGGAGAAGGAGCCGCGUGAGAGCCCAAGGGAUCUUGAGAAGGAGCACAUAAAUCGCAUGACUAUAAACAAGAAGGAUAUGCAGCAUAAGAAGCGAAGGAACCGUAGACAUAAGACUCAAAGACAAAGUCCGCAGAGGACAAAGAAAAACCAGCAGGAAAAGAGCAGGAACGAAAGGAUUGUGAAUAUGAAGAUUAGAAAUCAGGAGAAGAACCACCAAAAAGACGCCACCAACACGGAGAAUCUGGCACCGAUCAAAGAGAAACGUGUGGAAGAAAGGCCUCCAGAGCACGAUCACUAUGCCAGUUCACUCAUGGGCUCCACCUGGUCACUCCUGCGUUGCGUAUUGUUCGCUCCGCCGCUGGCCAGGCACAUGGUCCAAGUGGUCGCCCGCCAUCUCAGCCAGAGUCUCACGCUCUGCGAGCAGCCGCACUUUGAUCUCGCUCUGAUGCAGGCACCGGCCGCCUGUUACGCCUCGAGCACCUCCUGCCCCCCAUCGACGCCACUGGGUGAUAGCGAUAACGACAAAGUCAAGGCCUAACGAGUGUGCGAGGCCAGCCAAAUUGAAUCGGAAGAUCAGGUGGCUGAGGAGUUGGCUGUGGUAGAGGGGACAUCCGGCGGCGUUCAUUAGGCGCCAUUAGCUUUAUCAGCGAUCGUCCAUCGAUCGGUUUCCAAUUGAUUUUUAUGUCUGUUCGCGCAAUUACUUUUAUUCAAUAGACAAACUUUUUCCGCGUUUUGUUUUCUCAAACAUCGUAAUUUUUAAUGUUUUUAUGUACUGACUGCUGUGAACUGAAUAACCAAAAUAAUUGUAAUUAAUAAACUUGAUGUUGAUGUAUUGAUAAAA